GCGCGCGGGGCAUCAUGGGGAGGAUGGAGCAUCCUCGGAUCGCCCACCGUUGGCUUUACGAGAACACGCCCCCCGCUGCUGUGAGCUGCAGUCACGAGAUGUGAUGCAGAAUGCGUGUCACAGAUAAAUGAAGUGGGGGGAAUAAAGAGAGAGUGGGGGGAAGGAGGCCGAGCUGAGUCUCGUUUUUAUUGGACGAGGCCAGCCGGGAGGUGUUUUCGUCAAAAGGCAACGUGCGGAUGGUCGUGUACUCACUGGGUGGUCACCGAGCGGCGAGGAGCUGGGCUUCAUUCCUCCCUCUGGCGGUGGGGCAGCUCAGUUCAGUCACGACGACCAGCAGAAGCAAGCACGCAGUCUGAGCAGUUUGUGCUACACCGCACGUCCGCCCGAAGUCAACCAGUCUUCGACUUAUCCUCUCGGGGAAGAUGGAGGGGGAGAAGAAACAAGUAACGUGCUACCUCCUGUUCUCUCUGAGCACGGCUGUUAUUGGCUCCCUGCAGUUUGGCUAUAACACAGGGGUCAUCAAUGCACCUGAACAGAAACUGCAAGCAUUUUUCAACGAGACUUGGGUGAAACGUUAUGGGAAGCCUAUCGAACCUGGAGUGUCUAUCUUUGUAUGGAGCUUAGCAGUGGCCAUUUUCAGUGUCGGUGGAAUGGUGGGCUCCUUCAGUGUCGGUGUGGUGGCAGAUAAGUUUGGACGACGCAAGUCAAUGUUCCUGGUGAAUAUCUUGGCCUUGAUUGGUGGAGGGCUGAUGGGGCUGUGCACUCUCUGCUCUUCCUUUGAGAUGGUCAUCGCUGGCCGCCUGGUUAUCGGGCUUUUCUGUGGCCUCUUCACUGGUCUCACUCCGAUGUAUGUCGGAGAAGUAUCACCCACCCCUUUGCGUGGAGCCUUUGGGACUCUGCACCAGCUGGGUGUGGUAUUGGGCAUCUUAAUUUCUCAGAUCUUUGGUCUGGAGUUUCUUCUAGGCUCAGAUAAAUUGUGGCCUCUGCUGCUAGCUCUGACUGUGGUACCUGCAGUUAUACAGUGUGUGCUGCUGCCUUUCUGCCCUGAGAGCCCCCGCUACCUCCUUAUUAACCUCAAUCAGGAGGAGGAGGCUCGCAAAGCACUUGUGCGCCUGAGAGGCUUUGAAGACGUGUCAAAGGAUAUGCAGGAGAUGAAGGAGGAGAGCGUGAAGAUGAACAUGGAGAAGAAGGUUACCAUCCCUGAGCUCUUCCGUACCGCCACAUACCGCCAGCCUCUUCUCAUUGCAGUGGUUCUACAGCUGUCCCAGCAGCUAUCUGGCAUCAACGCUGUGUUCUACUACUCAACUGGUAUUUUUGAGUCUGCUGGUGUGACCCAACCCAUAUACGCUACCAUCGGAGCUGGAGCUGUCAAUGUUGUUUUCACUGUGGUUUCACUGUUCCUUGUUGAGAGGGCUGGACGAAGAUCAUUGCACCUUAUUGGCUUGGGUGGUAUGGCUGUCAGCGCCCUGCUUAUGACCAUCGCCCUCCUAUUGAAGCACAUUGAGUCUCUGAGCUACCUGAGCAUUGGGGCAGUGUUUGCCUUCGUGGCUAUGUUUGAGAUGGGCCCAGGACCCAUUCCCUGGUUCAUUGUGGCUGAGCUCUUCUCCCAGGGGCCACGUCCAGCUGCCAUGGCCAUUGCUGGAUUCUCUAACUGGACAGCCAACUUCUUUGUGGGCAUCAGCUUUCCCAAAUUGGAGAAACUUUGUGGGCCAUACGUUUUCAUCAUCUUCAUGAUCUUCCUCAUCUUCUUCUUCAUCUUCACAUUCUUCCGUGUUCCCGAGACAAAGGGGCGAACCUUUGAAGACAUCGCUCGAGAAUUCCGCGGCGCUUCACCUCCUGCAGCUACUUCUGUACAGGAGGCCGGCGGAGACAUGGCGUCCACUUCUCCAGUAAAGGAGAAAGUUCCCUUGGUGGCAGCCAAUUCUGGAGCAGAGGAGAAGCCCAGCUCUUCUGUGAAGGCUACUUCAGAGGCCACCAAGGGUGAGGAGAAACCUGAGUCUGCUACAGAGCCACUAGUUAAAUCCACUACAGAGGAGAAAUCUAAUUCCACUGUCCAGGAAAGUGUUUAGAAUUGUUUUGUUUUUUGUUUUUUAAAAAACAAGUAUUUAUUGGAAAAGUGGAGUUUCACGAAAUUAUGAAAAGACAGAAAUAUCUGCAGAAAGUCAUGCCACUGCUGUUCUAUUGGUUUUUGAAGGAAAGAUGUGUGUUGAUGUUGUGUAAAGCUGAUGGUUUGGUGUGAUAUCCUCAUGAAUGAUUUAUUUUUAUGGUAUUAUAUUAUUGUCUUUACAUUUUAAUAGACAUACCUAUAUUUUAUUGUCAUAUAUGAACAGAUACUUUUAAAUAGGGUUUAAAAGGGACUUUUAGAUUUUAGAAAAGAUUAUGUUUAGCUUUCGUCAUUACUAACAAAAGCCAAAGUUUAAAUAAGAACUAAUCUUGAGCAAGAGAAUUAUAGAUGAUUUUAGUCAUUCAGACAUUCAUGAUAACUAGUAGUUAUUUUAGGUGAAGGAGCCUCAAGACAUUGCACUGAAUUUUCGUAUAUUAUUACAUAAUACAGGCUACUGUUAAUUAUUGCAUGAUAUUCACCUAAUUUGAGUCAUUAAUGGUCAAGGGAAUGAAAAGAUUAAAAGGAAUAUUUAGUUACGCCACCAUAAACAAUUAAUAUAAGAAUAAAGCUGUGUUAACAUUGGCUUUGCUGUUACUAAAAUGUGAUGUUGCAAUUAGUACUUAGGCCUCAAAAAGAGACAGUUGCUGCCGUCAGACUGAUAGAAAAGCACAAAAGCACUGAAAUUACUUAAUUAGGAUAAUUUGUGACAUAUAUACGUGUAUGUGUGUGUGUGUAUAUAUAUAUAU